GCUGUGGACGGAUGAGUUUGCGAACGCAUCGCCGCCAUUGUUAUAUAUGCGUAUUAUAUACUAAAUAUAAAAUAUUUAUAAAAUUUUUAGAAUAGAAGAGAUAUAUUUAAUGUAAAUAUUUAGAUGUAGAGUCUCUAUAUAGAUGCGCGUGCGCGCACGCGCGCGUAUGUUAUGACAUUCGUGCAUUUCCAUUAGACUUGAAGAUAUUUAAUACAUCAAAAAUCCUCUUCCAGAUUACAAAUCUCUCGUUUAUUGUUGUGAGGGGUUUUCGCGUUAGAGGACACGAUGCUCGAGAAAUACAGUAUACUUCGUCAAGAGUUUCUCAGCCAAGCUGAGCCGUUUAUUGACAGCAAAGCUUUGAACAAACUGAAACUCAAUUACAUGCACGAUAUCGAUUCGAAACGUAAAUUAAGCAAGGUAACGGAUCUACAAACGUUAAUAAGACUACUAGAAAAACGAGAUAUUGUCAGUUAUGACAAAAUAGAGCCAUUGCGAUACAUAUCAAAGACAUUCGUUGGUGAUCCAAACUUGGAAAGCAGGUUGCACGAUUAUGAAAAUUGGUUGAGGACUAUGCCGACAUUACAUUUAUGUAAUAUGUAUCAAAAUGAUGAAGUCUUUCAUUCAAUUUCAUCAAUCUUAGGGUCCCCAUCUAGUUCUAAUUUAUCUCAAUCGACAAUAGGAAGAUCUGCUGAAUCAUUUAGUCAGAUUACACAAACAUUACAUUGUUGUCUGGAGCAGGAAGAAAGAAAUAAUCUCAAUGAGAGAAGAAAAUUGCUGCAACAAACAGUGUUACUGCAACUCAAGGACAGAUUGGGUCGAUCCUGGAGAGAUGUAGCUAGACAUUUAGAUAUUAGAGAAUGUGAAAUUGAUGCUGUACAAAGUAAAUAUCCUUUUGAUUUGAAGGAGCAAAGUUAUGAGAUUUUGCGAAUUUAUAUAUCGCAAUCCGACACGGAGCGAUGGGCGAUAAAUUUAAUACGCGCUUUGGAAAAAGGAAGACGCAAAGAUCUUAAGGAACUUGUAGAAGAAUUAGUAUUGAAAAAUAAAAAUUUAUGAUAUGAUUCAUAUGAAUUCGCACAAUUAUGUCCAUAGAAUUUUCUUUUUUUAUUGUAUAGAAAGAGGAUAGGUAUCUGGUAUUUAAACUACUUAUUAUUAAAAAUUUAGUUAUUAAAUAUUUAUAUAUAUUUGCACUAUUUAUUUUGCUGAUGUAUAUGGUCAAAUGUUUAACCCUUGCCUAGCUAAAUAUCAACUGUCAGAGUGUUGUUUCAGGUGGUUAAGGAGGAGAGAAAAAUAAAAUAAAUAAUUAAAAUAUUUCAGCAGAGAUGGAUUCGAAUAAAUUAGAUAUCCAUUAGGCAAGAAUUAAUAAAAUGCAAACCAGAAAAAUAUUACACAAAUUACAAGAAUUUAUUUGUUGAAAGAUAAUAAAGUUGUGUAAAUUA